AUGAGGUUGGUGAAUGGCACGGACUCUUGUUCUGGACGAGUGGAGGUUCUUUUUAACGGAACAUGGGGAACAGUGUGUGAUGAUUACUGGAAUCUAUCAGACGCUGCAGUGGCGUGUAGAGAACUUGGCUGUGGAAAUGCUGGAGACCCAAAGAGCGGUGCCUAUUUUGGAAAAGGUAAAGGACAAAUAUGGAUGGAUGAUGUUAAGUGUGUUGGCAAUGAGUCUUCACUGAUAAACUGUACAAGACAGCCAUGGGGAAUAAACAACUGUGGACAUGGUGAAGAUGCUGGAGUCAUUUGUCACGGAUUGGUUAGGUUGGUAAAUGGCAGUAACUCUUGUUCUGGACGCGUGGAGCUUUUUAAUAAUGGUGAAUGGGGAACAGUGUGUGAUAACGACUGGGAUCUACCAGACGCUACAGUGGUGUGUAGAGAAGUCGGCUGUGCAGAUGCCCGAGAGGCAAAGAUUGGUGCUUAUUUUGGAGAAGGGUCAGGACAAAUAUGGAUGAAUGCCACACAAUGUACUGGAAGUGAGGCAUCACUGCUGAACUGUUCAUCAACAAAAUGGGGAAUACAGAACUGUACCCAUUCAAAAGAUGCUGGAGUCGUCUGUAACUGUGAGCUUAAAAUCAGUGGCUAA